AUGGACAGACCGCUUUCGAGGUCUCGAGCACCCUUGAGUCUCGAAGCCUCCCUCGAUGAAGAGAACAGAGAGGUCCUGGCUGCUCUUGACCGUCGAAGACCUGCUAGUCCAAUUGCCAGACCUCGAGGUUUACGAACGGCGACACCACCUCCACCCGUCCGUAGCAUGCUCGACAUCGAUUCGCCUACACCGAGACAUGGCUCCAUUGCAGGAAUUGGAGUUGGGGUGACAAGUCCCGAUCAAUCCAGAAAGUCAUCCAAGCUCGACCCCUCCGAUCCCUCAACCUAUACUUCUCCUCAUACUAGCAGACAAAGUUCACCGGUGCUCACAAAAAGCCAGCCCGCGAGCACGCGACAUCGAACGUCCUCCGAUUCUGACCGGCCAGUAGGCCUCCCAAAGGUACAAUCGCAAGACAAGCGUGAUUUCGAACAGAACUACCAAUUCGACAUGUCUUCCAUGCCUUCUAAUCCCCGCACAUCCACGCGUUCGCCGAACGAGACAAGGAGGACACGAGAAGGAUCAGGUUCUGCAAUGGCGGCAGCCAUGUCGGGGGAUUUUGCGUCGCUUCAUGUGGGCUUACCGGGCGCAGGAAGUGGAAGACACAACUCGACGGCGGGCACUGGCGCUGGUGCUCGUUCAUCGUCGCCAUCUUCGAGGAUUCGGUUUGACGAGUCGGCCAAAGCAGGAUUACUCAGUCCCACCAAGGCAAAAGGCUCAGUUUAUUCCACCACGAAACCUGAGACUGGAGUGGAGGACGAACGAGCGAACCGUCGAAUGUCCAACAAGUCCAGCAGUUUCUCGACCAUCACCGACGACUCGGAAGAAGGUGGUACACGUGUGCCCAAAGACGAGGUCGGAGCGGAAGAGGCUUUGGCCGAGAGCAGUGAUGAAGAUGUUAUGUCUCCGAGCAGCGAUGAAGACGAGACUAGAGGUCGGUCGGAAAGACGCAAGCUCUCGGACGGUGAGACAGACAAGAAAACGGAGACCAGUUCCAACGGUACAGCAUCGGCUGAGGAAAGAACCAAAUCUCCGCCAGUUCAGCACCCUGUCAAGUCACUGCUCGAACCCUCCAUUUCCAUCACCAGCCCUACCGGAGAGAAUAUCCCCGAACAAAAGGAAGAAGUACAUCCGCCGAACAAUUUCACCCGGCCUCGGUCCGUCUCUCCUAGUGCGAGUGGAGAAGACGACGACGAAGAUGACGAGCUGGCAGCCAUCAGAAAGGCCAAGACACUGGCUUUGAACAUCUCGCCUCUCGACUCAACAGUGCCAGAUCGACAUGUUCGGAUCAUUUUGCGAGGGAAUUGGGCCAAGUUCGACAUGGAAGGAAAGGCAGGGGAACGGAAUAACAGACUCUACCUUGUUUGCAGCGAUUUGAGUACUGAGUCCCUGUAUGCCAUGGAGUGGGUGGUGGGGACCAUGCUUCGUGACGGCGAUACCAUGCUGGCCAUCUACGCCAUUGAGGACGAAAACGCCGGCAAAGUCAAUGAGGGAGAUAAAGAAGCACUGCAAGCCGAGGGUGCCAAAGCGGGCAAAGAUGCAUCCGACAUUAUGAAUUCUCUGACUCGACAGACGACGCAAGGCGGUGGAACCAGUGUCGGAACUAACAACAAAUACCUCCCGGCUACUGAAUUGCAGAGCCUAACGGGUUCCGUGGACGCCAGGAGUGUGUCGAAAAAGGAAAUGGAACGGUUACGAGCGGUUGACAAGAUCACCGACAACUUUUUGAAGCUCGUUCGCAAGACGAGCCUACAGGUGAGGUGUAUGGUGGAGGUAAUCCAUUGCAAGAGUCCCAAACAUUUGAUUCUUGGUGCGAUUGAUGAACUCGAACCCACCCUCUGUGUCGUCGGUACCCGUGGUCGCAGCUCUCUCAAAGGUGUACUCUUGGGUUCCUUCUCCAACUAUCUUGUCACCAAAUCGUCGGUGCCUGUCAUGGUGGCUCGGAAGAGACUGAAGAAGCCUCGUUCGGGAAUCCGGAUCAGCAGCACAAACAUCCGCCUGACGAAUAAUUUGACUGCCAGCCAUAUGCCGACCAAGAGGAGAAGUUUGACGCAGGCCAGGAUUGACUGA